GAAUCCUACUGACAGUCAGUCCCGGGCCGGGCUUCUUCGCGGUGAUAUUGCUCCCGCGUUCUUACUCUUCAAUAGAUUUAUAUUAAAAUAAAAAUAAUAAUAACAACAACAACAACAACAAUAAAAAUAAUAAUUAUUAUAAAGAACACAAUAAUAAAAGUCUGUCGCGUAAAAAAAAAACGUUGUUAUCCGCGUGUCGACGAGAGAACAUAAGAGAAAGGGAUAUCUCGUUCGUUUUUAAUCGGAGAGACAUUAAUGCGCACCAAUAAUAUCGUUCCCGCAUCGGUUACGUGAUAAAUUGUUUCCCAUAUUGUCACUUAAUUUACGAAACGCGAAGGAGAAACGUUACCACGAUGAAGAAGGGAUUCGUGGAAAGUGAAAAAUCAUUCUCAACGAUAGGAUAAUAGUAGGAUUAAAUACGGAGUUACGAUCGUUUUGAAAUUUGUUCGGGAAAAGUAUCUAUGAUUUCGUGAAUCUUGAUUGGCUUUUAAAUUGGUGGAGCUUCGAUCGUAAGGCGGGAAAGGAGAAAUAAAAAAAAAAAAAAAGGGAUAAAUUGAAAUUUUCAAUGAGAGUAUAAAGAGAGGAAGAUUACGAAAAGAUACACAGGAUUUAUGUUAGAACACGUGUAAGUAUGCUAAAUCGGUACUGCUGACUGUCGCGAGGAACGAGGGUACACGGUCGAUCUGAAAAUACGCAUUGCCGGGUUGCUUGUGAAAAGGAAAGAGAAAUACUACGAGACCACGGUGAAAAACGACGAAGGUGGAGGAGGAAGAGGAAGAGGAAGAAGCAAAAGUAGAAGAAGAAGAGGAAGAAGAAGAAGAAGAAGAGAAAGAGGAAAAUUCGUUCGCAGGAUGUAAAAGAUUUGCUAGAACAACGUUUAACGAUAAAAUUAAAAUAAAAGGCAAUUUACUGUCGACAUACGAAGGAUUUAUUUAACGAGGAACCCAUAAUUUUGUCAACGAAAAAGCAGCAAUGCGGUUGCAGUUAACAAGGGUGUUUAUUGUUCUACGAUAAUCAUUGACAGCACCGAGUUGCCAAGAUGCGAAGCGAGGUUAGCGAAUGGUUGGCAACGUGCGUUGGUUCGCCGAUAUGUAUCCUCUUGCUUUCUUGGUCUUUGCUAAUCUAUCAAAAUCAACCAUCCUCGACGAAGAGAAGAAUAGACGUAUUAACGGUGGCAAUUCUUGCGGAGAGUCUCGUUCAUCAACUUGGAUUAUUAUUUUAUGCUAUCCUUACUUUAAUUCGACCAGCCAAUCAUUUUGGAGAAUUAUGUUCAACUUUAGUUUGGAUCCUAAAUUCAUCGAGCAUACUACAAGAAUUGACCUUGACGUCUAUCGCAAUUUUCGCAGCAAUAGGGAGCAGAGAUGAGAGGUUUAAUUUAACAAAAAAUCAUUUGAAGUAUCAUUUGGUCAGUUUAAGCGUAAUAAGCGCUUGCAUUGGUAUAACAGGCGUUCUCAACUUUGAACCAGACGUAUGCGUAUUUCUACCGCAAGAAGUAUCCAUGAAAUAUGGAAUAUUCGUUAAUUCUUUAAGAUGUUUACUCUUACUUGCUUCGCUAAUUGGUUUAUUGAUAACAAUAUUUAAAAGUUUGUGCCGUACCCCAAAAGCAGAAUUAUUAAAAUCUGUUUCGGAUUUGUCCGAGACAAGUUCGAAAAAUUCAUCAGGUGCUUUCGAGUGUCAUCCUCAUCAAUGGGAUCCAUCGAGCGGAUCGUGUACCAGUGGUUCGACCAAUAGCAGAGCUUGCCUACGUAAGAAAAAAAUUCACGUCGAUGAAAGUGGCGAAAGAUCUACGGUUUACAGCAUUCUAUUCGUUUGUUACAUCUUCGAGCAUCUUCCAGUACUGAUAUUUUCCAUCAAGCCGAGUCUACUGAGAAACUUUUGUACCCCGCAAAAUUUGGCAAUGUGGUUGCCACUCGUCAAGGAUACACUUUUACCUGUUUUCUUGGCGAUUUUCGAUAAAAUGUUUUGCCGUUACGUCGCCAAAGUUUACACGAAACAAGAUCAUGCGAGAAGACUCUCACACGGCGGCGUUGAUGGAAAAUUUCGACAUUUCGAACACGACGCUGAAUACAAAUUACAAUUGAACCUAAAUCACGGCUUGAAAUUUCCCUUGACAAACGGAAGUCUUUAUGGUAGAUUGCACAAUCAUCAAAAUAGAGGAAAAACGGGCACGAUAACAAUGGGUGUACAACAUUAUCCAAGAUCGCAAUCCGUAAACGAGGACAGCAACUAUGCUUCGCUUCCUGCAGAAUUAUCAUCGUUCACUAGUUCGACCUUCGAACCGCGUCAAGAAAUUCGACAUAACGAAUCACCGAAAAAAAACACGAUAGACGAUCGAGCCGAUCGAUUGUGCCGAGCUAAUGAUAAUUUCAUCGAAUUAGCUGGAAAUCGUAGAAAGAUCGGUAGUACAGACGUUUUCGGACAAAAUAUGGAAAAUCUGGUACAAUUGGAUGAUUCCAAUUGUAAAAGAAAAUUUGCCAAAAGUUUAGAAGAGAUAUGCGAAGAACCGCAACAACGAAGACACGCCAGAAGUGUUUUAGGAUUGGAUAGUUUGGUAAUCACUUUGGAUAACGGUAUGAGAGAACAACAGCAACAAGGGAGAAAUGCUCUUAAAAGAAAUCAGAGUUUUGAUCAUGCGAGGUACCAUCGACCAAUUCUCGAUACAAGAACUUACGAUUUAAAGAAAGAUGAACACAGAAGGGAACAACAAAGUAUUCAUCAGAGACAAAAUAGUCAAGAACUUGGAGAUAAUUACGAGACGUCCGAUGACGAAAGCUGCGAUUUAGAGAACGGAGACUUCGACACUAUGAGUUCCUGUAGGAGCAGGAGUAGGAGUUGUUGCUCCGUUACAACGGUUGCUAACGACGACUUCGAGUACUUUCAACGUAAGGGGACCAAGGUGGAGCUGUUGCCCUCGAAGCGAAGCAGCGAGGUAAAGGUCAGCAUGCGAUCUUUCACGCCGAGGAUCAUAGAGAACGAUACAAUCGAUCGGGAAGAUAGAAGAAUCGGUAAAACGAUCAUCAACACAAAGCCGAGUAUACAAUCGUAUCAUUUGAAGAAAAGAAUUGGACCAGGCUUUUCUAUGAACGAUCUCGACAAAUUGACCACCAUCGAGAGAAAGUUUCCAAACUUGUCGAUGGAAAGCCUGAAAAGUAUCCUCAAAAAUUCCGACGUUAGUUAUUUGGACAAUGGUGAUAUCUGCAGGCACGAUAUAGGUGGCUCGGCACCGGACUUUAAAAAGAUCUUUGUCACAGAAUUUAUCUGAAUGUAAUUUCUAAAGUAUCGUCUGAUUUGUUUUUGUUUUUUUCUUUCAAAUUUAUAUCCAAUUGAAAUAAUAUCUUACGUGAGGAUUUUCUCAAACGCGAAUCAUUGCCAAUGAAAUCUUUUUUUUUCGAAGAUUAAAGUUCUAAUCUAUUAUUGGAUUUGUAAAAGAAAAUAUAUCUUAGAUUCGAUUCGGCGUGUUCAUUCUUAAAUCGAAUCAAUCGUGACUAAUAGAGGAUAUUUAUUAUCUAAACGAGUGAGACAGAUUAUUUCGAUGGCAGGAAGCCAAAAUUCGUAUAUAAGAAACUUUGUUUUAUACGUAUGAAUGUGUUAUACGUAUAGAAUAUACACGCGAGUACAUAUAUUAUAUACGUGUGCGCUAUGUAAAAAUAUUGUAAAAUAUAUUUCCAGUGUAUUUCAGUGACUUCCCGUAAGAAGUUAAGCUGGUAACAGGUCGACACGACGCGUACGAUAAUAUCGCAUUGAAUUUGUUUUGUAUAUAGCUUGUACAUUUUUUUAUUAUUAUUAAUAUUUAACGCUAUAUAUAAAUAUAUAUGUGUAAAAACACAGGCGCGUCAUAAAUUGGCGCGUGGGUGUUCAUUCGAUUACGUCGUAGAACGAUCAUGUUCUUUUGUUUUUGUUUCUUUUUUGUAACAUAUAAUUGCGAAUAAAAAGUCUCUAAUUAGGAAUUAAGCACGAUUCUAUUUUGUACAGGAAGUAAAAAAGAAAAAAAGAAAAAAAAGAACAGAAUUAUAUCGAUAAACGCGAUAAGCUAACGUUACGUUUAUUCGAGUUGUUAGAAAGUAUAGCGAAUUUAAAGUUAUAUGCAUAAAAAAUAUAUGAAUAUAUCCACAUUCAACCAACAUAUAUGUUCAAACUUUAAGAAAUGUUCUCUAUAAUCCUGGCUUAUGUGAUAGAACGACGUGGAAAAGGCCAUUCAUCGGUGAAACUAAUAGAAAACUUGCAGAAACCAACGGAAUUUUAAAAUCACGCAAUUUGUUCGGAUUAAAGAGUAAAUUCAAUGUUUCUGGGUCGGAUGGAAAAAAAAUUCAUAUAGGUGGAAACGUAAUGCGAAAUUGCUGCAAAAUAAGAGAUGUUGAAAUAUUUUUUUAAUCUGCUUUAUACAUCAUCGUAUUUUUUUACAGAUUUAUUUAUAUUUGGUCCAUGACUACAAAAUCACAUAUAACAACGUAUAUUAAAUUGUACAUGUAAAAGCGAGUCACGUUUAGGAUUUAACGUUUAUGUAAAUAUCUUACAAAUUAUUUUGCAUUUUAAAUGCAAAUAGAACACAAGUCUUUGGUAGAAAAAAAAAAACAAAAAAAAAAAAGUUUAAUCAAGACAACGGCAUGACAUUUCGUCGACAUUCAACGAGAGUGCAUAAAAAAAACCUAUCCUAAUCUAUUACACAUCCUGUGUCACGAGUAUUUUUCUCGAGAUAUUUAUCGUUCGUAUAUAAUUAAUUAAACACGUAAGGUUUUCUUUUUCGUAAUAGCAAUCAAUGCCGAUACAAAAUGAUAAUCUAAAUACAUAAUAUUUGUUUCUUUUUAUACUUAAAGAAUUUAAUUUUAUUGCAUGGUCUACUGACUAGAAAGUGCAACAACAUUUGAUAGAAAUGCAACGAGAUAAACGAAUAUGCAUCCGACAAAUGUAUACAAAUGUAAAGAAAA